ACAAAUCCCCCUCUCUCUCUCUCUCUCUCUCUCUCUCUCCGUAAGUGCAACAGCACACCUGCAAGAAACCUUGCUGGCAGCCAUGACACCUGUCUCUUGCAUCUGUGGGUUGUGGAAUAGGAGGAGAAACGCUAAUCACCACCCAAUUGCCGGUGUUCGGACGUUUUCUCAUAAAGAACUAGCAAAAGCAACUGGUUAUUUCGACAAAGACAAUCUCCUUGGCACGGGUACUUGUGGUGAAGUUUAUAAAGGAAAACUUCCAAAUGGUGAAGUCGUUGCAAUUAAGAGGCUUAGACAUCAGGAUGACCAGGAGAAAGAGGAAAUGGCGAGACGUCAAUAUAAGGAGGAGGCUGAAAUCCUUAGCCGUAUUGAUCCUCACCAAAAUAUUGUCAAGGUGCUAGGAUACUGCAGUAAUAAAGCCAAUAGAUUGCUUGUUUAUGAGUUUGUUCCCAACAACUCCUUAAGUUCUCAUUUGCAUGGAAAUGGAAAGCCAACUAUUAAUUGGUCAAACAGAUUGAAAAUUGCUUUAGGUACUGCAGAAGGAUUAGCAUACUUACAUGAAAUCUGUGCACCCAGAGUUAUUCAUCGGGACAUUAAGAGCGGUAAUAUUCUUCUUGAUGAUGAAUUUAUACCAAAGAUUGGAGAUUUUGGAAUUGCCAAAGAAUUUAUGAUUUCUGUUACUCACGUUUCUACUGGCCCAAGGGGAACCUAUUUGUAAGAUUCAUUCUGUUAAUUUGUUAGCUAAGCAUAACUACCUCCCUUAAUUUUCAUAUUCUCAAAGAACAUUCGCCGGGUAACUAGCUAGGUUCUUCUCAUAUACACUCUCUCCAACUGCAGUUAUGAACCUCCUGAAUAUUAUGAAGACGAUCUAAAAAGGAAACUCACCGAUAAGUCUGAUGUCUUUUCGUUUGGUGUUGUACUUUUGGAAUUAAUUACAGGGAAAUUUGCCCAACUUGAAAACAAUGUUCGCUUAGUUGAUUGGGUACGUAC